AUGGAGACAGUCAUGGGUCAAAAGGAUCAAUGGCACAACACCGGCCUAUUCACACCAGCAAAACUCAGACUCGCGGUCGAGGAGUUGAUACACUCAAACGAAGACAUCCAAGACACUCCAGAGACAUGUCAGGGACUAGGAAUCUUCUCAACCAUCCCAAAAAUUCAAGCACCAGACCGGCGCCCAAAUCCAUCUGUCGACAGCAACCCCCGAAUCAGUAAUCAACUCUUCCCAAGCGCUGAACAACUCAAGAUCUGCACAGACGCAAAGUACUUUGGCGUAAUAGCCUGCGGCGGAAGUCUCUGUGACGAGGGUCUCGCACGCGCCGUAGCAGACUCCUGCAACGACAUCUUAAUCGGCGACUACUGCGAAGCCGCAGAUGCACAAGGCCUCAGGCUGCUCCAGCAGGUCGGCGCCGCAGCCAUGUCAUUCUUGAAACUUUGCAAUAUGGCCGGUCGGGUCACCGACUGGCAGUUUGAUAACUUGGCUGCAUACAUCAUCCAGUGCCGGGUUCUCGGAUAUUAUCGUGACCAUGCCCGAUCUCGGCUGCCGGAUGGGAUCUAUGGUAGUCGCAUGACUGGACUUACGGUACAUCGGCACAUUGACGUUGCUGCAUUUCAUGGAGUCAUGACUGCUUCGCUUGGUACUGAUCAGGAGUUGACUGAGGAAGGGUUUUCGCGAAUUGUCGAAGCGACGGUUUAUAUCAAUGAUUUUGUUGAUUUCCGCGGCGACACCAUGCGCAAGCAGCGGGAGAAUGUUAUACUCCGUGGUAUCCGAGGGAAUCUUUGCACAUAUCUCGAUGAGAUGAUUGGGAGAUGUCUGGAUUCAGUGGCUGGUGUGAUUGAGUCGGGUGAAUUAGGAGCACUGGUUGCCAUGGGUUAUUGCAAUUGGGCUAUCAUGUCGGCUCAUCACAAAGUGUAUGAGUUGCUCAAGGGGAUUCGACCCAUUGAAAAUUACCCGGCUUGCGAAUAUGUGUCAGUUUCAAAUACCAAACGGUAUGAACGGUUGAUUGAGGCGUUGGAGCCCUAUGGUACUCUUGGCAAUGAUGGGCCGACAGUGGGGAAGAAGAGGAUUGAGAUGGAUAAGUGGUAUAGCCUCUGCCAGGGAGCACCAGAGAAACACAUCCCGUGGCUUGCCGACGCUACUCGAAGUUUGUUAGAGCCGACGACACUAAGGCGGAUUGUGGAUGUGGUUCAUUUUGAGUGGAGAGGCGAUGUGGGCGCUAUUGAUUAUUGCCCCUGA